CCCCGGGAGCCGUGCGCCGCGGUCUCGGGCCCUGGGGUCCGCAGGCCGCGCGUGAGGGGCCGACCCGAGUGGCCCGGGGGCGGAGGCCUGAGCUCCCUGCUCCCGGGGCGAUUGCUAAUUCUCGUGCUUACACUGGACGACCGUAAUGCCCUCCACUUUCACUUUUUUUUUUUUUUAACACAACGGGCGAGGAGUAUCGGCUGCCUUUGGACGUUUAUCUGGAGGAAAAACAAAUGGAACGGCCCUAGGUCCUCAGUGCACUGGGCACGCCCAACCUUCCAGUAGCUCUUUUGUUAAGAAACCUGCCUCCAACGCGUGCAAAUAUCAUUUUAUCAAAUGCAGAUGUUGCCAAAUUAUCCCGUAACCUUCAGUAAGACAUUUUGGCAGUUAGAUCAUGGCAACCAUAGAAGAAAUUGCACAUCAAAUUAUUGAACAACAGAUGGGAGAGAUUGUUACAGAGCAGCAAACUGGGCAGAAAAUCCAGAUUGUGACAGCACUUGAUCAUAACACACAAGGCAAGCAGUUCAUUCUGACAAAUCAUGAUGGCUCUACUCCAAGCAAAGUCAUUCUGGCCAGGCAAGAUUCCACUCCAGGAAAAGUUUUUCUUACAACUCCAGAUGUGUCAGGUGUCAACCAGUUAUUUUUUACAACUCCUGAACUGUCGGCACAACACCUUCAGCUCUUAACAGAUAAUUCUUCCCCAGACGUGGGACCAAAUAAGGUUUUUGAUCUUUGUGUGGUAUGUGGAGACAGAGCAUCAGGUCGUCAUUAUGGAGCAGUAACUUGUGAAGGCUGCAAAGGAUUUUUUAAAAGAAGCAUUCGAAAAAAUUUAGUAUAUUCAUGUCGAGGAUCAAAAGACUGUAUCAUUAAUAAACACCAUCGAAACCGCUGUCAAUACUGCAGGUUACAGAGAUGUAUUGCGUUUGGAAUGAAACAAGACUCUGUUCAGUGUGAGAGAAAACCCAUAGAAGUAUCACGAGAAAAAUCUUCCAACUGUGCCGCUUCAACAGAAAAAAUCUACAUCCGAAAAGACCUCCGAAGCCCAUUAGCUGCAACUCCAACCUUUGUAACAGAUAGUGAAACUGCAAGGUCAACAGGACUAUUAGAUUCAGGAAUGUUUGUGAAUAUUCAUCAGUCUGGAAUAAAAACUGAGUCACCUGUGCUGAUGACACUAGAUAAGGCUGAAUCAUGUCAGGGAGAUUUAAGUACAUUGGCCAGUGUGGUUACAUCAUUAGCAAAUCUUGGAAAAACUAAAGAUCUUUCUCAAAACAGUAAUGAAAUGUCUGUGAUUGAAAGCUUAAGCAAUGGUGAUACCUCUCUGUGUGAAUUUCACCAAGAAAUGCAGACCAAUGGUGAUGUUUCAAGGGCAUUCGACACUCUUGCAAAAGCACUGAAUCCUGGAGAGAACACAGCCUGUCAGAGCUCCGUAGAGGGCAUGGAAGGAGGCGUACACCUAAUUGCUGGAGAUUCGAGCAUAAAUUACAUCGAAAAAGAGGGGCCACUUCUCAGUGAUUCACAUGUAGCUUUCAGGCUCACCAUGCCUUCUCCUAUGCCUGAGUACCUGAAUGUGCACUACAUUGGGGAGUCUGCCUCCAGACUGCUGUUCUUAUCAAUGCACUGGGCACUUUCGAUUCCUUCUUUCCAGGCUCUAGGGCAAGAAAACAGCAUAUCGUUGGUGAAAGCUUAUUGGAAUGAACUUUUUACUCUUGGUCUUGCCCAGUGCUGGCAAGUGAUGAAUGUAGCAACUAUAUUAGCAACAUUUGUCAAUUGUCUUCACAAUAGCUUUCAACAAGAUAAAAUGUCAACAGAAAGACGAAAAUUAUUGAUGGAGCACAUCUUCAAACUACAAGAGUUUUGUAACAGCAUGGUUAAGCUCUGCAUUGAUGGAUAUGAAUAUGCCUACCUGAAGGCAAUAGUGCUCUUCAGUCCAGAUCAUCCAGGCUUAGAAAAUAUGGAACAGAUUGAGAAAUGUCAGGAAAAGGCUUAUGUGGAAUUCCAAGAUUAUUUAACCAAAACAUAUCCAGAUGACACCUACAGGUUAUCCAGACUACUUCUCAGAUUGCCGGCUUUGAGAUUGAUGAAUGCUACCAUCACUGAAGAAUUGUUUUUCAAGGGUCUUAUUGGCAAUGUACGAAUUGACAGUGUCAUCCCACAUAUUUUAAAAAUGGAGCCUGCAGAUUAUAACUCUCAAAUAAUUGGUCACAGCAUUUGAAAGCUGAGAUCCUAGUGCUGUAAAUUUAUUGUUCUUUCCCAGAACUCAAGAAGACACCAAAUUGAACUCAUUGCUUCCAGGGAAUCUGGAAAUUGUGACUUUAAAGAGUAACCAAAAUCCAAAAGGUAUUUUUUUAUUUUAGCUUCCUUAGAAGAAUUUUUGAAGUGACUGGGCAGUCCACAGGAAUUAGAAUUUCCUUUCCUGUCUUAAUCAAGUGAAUAAGAAAUGCUUUGAAUUUAUUCUUGGUGAAGAUGAUAUCUGAAGCUGUCACUUGUUGACUGUCUAAACUAAAAUCUCAUUCUAUUUUACUUUGUAAAACAAAUAAAUUAGUAUUUUUUUCUUGAA